AUGGCAGAAUUUGCAUACAACAACGCCGUACAUAGCAGUACUGGGAAAACUCCGUUCAAAGCCUUAUAUGGAUGGGAACCUUCCCUGACUCUGUCUAACGUACCAACAGAUGUCCCAGAGGCCAAUGAGCUGGCUCAAACAAUGGAAGCCCAGUGGAAAGAAGUGGAAGCAGCACUCCGGCAAUCUAAGACAAGAAUGACUGCCAGAAAAGAAGGAAGCCCAACCACGUUCAAAAUAGGAGAGGAAGUAUGGCUCAAUGCCAAGAAUGUUAACCUCAAAACCUUGAGUCCCAAACUAUUGGAACAACGCUUGGGACCCUUCAAGGUUUCUGAGAGGAUCUCCAACCGCGCGUACUGGCUUGAGCUUCCCCCAACUAUGCGCAUCCAUGAUGUUUUCUACGUGGGACUAUUGUCAAAAGUCAAAAAAGAUGACAAGCGUGCCUUCAAGAAUCACCCUCCUCCAGUCACCAUGGACGGGGAAGAGGAAUACAAAGUAGAAGGGAUAACGGACAUGGAAGAAAGGGACGGAAAAUGGUUCUUCAGAGUCAAAUGGAAGGGCUAUGGACCAGAAGAAAACACGUGGGAGCCCCAAGAAAACCUCAAAAAUGCAGGGAAAAUUUUGAAAAAGUAUGAAGAAGAGAUGAGAAAGAAGGCCCUUGGCGCUGCCAAGGCCCUUAGAGGGGGGGCAGUGUUGUAG